UCUGGUGUGUAUGAACGAUAUAAAUGAUCCUCAGUGACACUUUCUGAAACUCAGUUCCUACGUGUCGAUCACGUUACUGGUUUCAUUCUGUAUUUACUUUGUUACUUUAUUUAUCUUCAUUUUGUUUCUUCGACAUCACUCGACUUUUAAAAUAUUCUGAAUUUCUUUCAAAUUAUCCCCAAAGAUAAAUUCUAAAUAUUACGACGUUUUUCCUGAAAUGUAGAAAAAGAAUUCUCGAAGUAUUACAACUUUUUCUCUCUAAAGUGUGUGUAUGAGUGUGUGUGUGUGUGUGUGUGUGUGUCUGUGUGUGUGUGUGUCUCUGUUAAUCAGCUGUUUCUGUGUGCGUGGAACAAUGCUGUCACAUGUACGCACACAGACAAACACCUGCUAUUAUCCCGACGAUAAUAAGACGUGCUAGUGUCUGCAGGCGACCAUGAACGCAGCGCCGCACUGUGUGUGUGUGUGUGUGUGGGUGUGUGUGUGUGUCGCAGCCUGGUAUUAACACAGCGACCUGUGUUCCCAUAAUGCCAGGCUUUACCCUGUGUGUGUGUGUGUGUGUGUGUGUGUGUGUGUGUGUGUCGGAGUUAAAAAGCUGCUGUUCUUCUCUGAGUCAGCCGUCAGUCGUCUCCGGUCUUUGUCUCUUCAUCAACCGAAGAUGAUGGACGAAGAAGCCACGAAGCGCUACUGCCAAGCGAGUGACGAUGGACAGAAGAAGAAAGAAGUCGAGGGAGGGUGUAAAGUUCAGGUCGGUCAGGAGGACAGAGAGAUCACCGUCCUGCCGCGGAGGAAGACGGACGAACUGGACGACACCGCCGGGAUGAAGACGACCGACUCGUCCUGCUGUUCCUCUUGUAUCUGGCUGAAGGACAAAUGUCCUCGACCGCAGGGACUCCUCAACCUGCUCAUCACUAAAGUGUGUUUGUUCGCCCUGCUGUUCGGGGUCGUCUGGUCCAUCACAGGAAGUGAGUGUUUACCUGGAGGAAACCUGUUUGGCGUCGUCGUCCUCUUCAUCUGCUCCGUGCUGGGGGGGAAGCUGGUGGGGAUGAUCCAGCUGCCCACCCUGCCCCCCUUCCCUCCACUACUUGGGAUGCUGCUGGCAGGUCUGCUGCUGCGCAACGUGCCCUACAUAACGGACGCCGUCUACAUCGACACUCGCUGGUCCGCGGCUCUGAGGAACAUCGCCCUGUCAAUCAUCCUGACCAGAGCCGGGCUGGGCCUGGACCCCUCGGCGUUGAGCCGUCUGAAGGCGGUGUGUCUGCGUCUUGCGAUCGGCCCCUGCGUGGUGGAGGCCUCCAUCGUCGCCGUAGUUUCUCACUUCCUGUUGGGUCUUCCCUGGGUGUGGGGCUUCAUACUGGGUUUCGUCCUGGCUGCAGUGUCUCCAGCCGUCGUGGUUCCUUCGAUGUUGCUCCUGCAGAGAGAAGGAUACGGAGUGGAGAAGGGAAUCCCCACCCUGCUGAUGGCUGCUGGGAGUUUUGAUGAUAUCCUGGCCAUAACAGGGUUCUCUACCUGCCUGGGAAUCGCCUUCUCCACAGGUUCUACGUGGAUGAACAUACUAAAGGGUCUGCUGGAGGUGGUGGGAGGAGUCAUAGCCGGGCUGAUCCUGGGUCUGUUCUUGUGCUGCUUCCCCAGCAAAGACCAGGAGGACCUGGUGUUGACGAGGACUCUCAUAUUGUUGGGUUUGUCCAUAUUUUCCGUCUUCUUCAGUCAUGUUGUUGGUUUUGCCGGAGCCGGUGGUCUCUGUACGCUGGUGCUGGCCUUUCUGGCUGCUCUGGGCUGGAAAACUGAUAAGGUCCCGGUGGCAGCCAUGGUGGGUCAGUCAUGGGAUGUUUUCCAGCCGCUCCUCUUUGGUCUGAUUGGAGCAGAGAUCACUAUAGCCACCCUCAGCCCCAGCACCGUGGGUCUGGGUCUGGCCUGUAUCGGCACCGGCCUGGUGAUCCGCCUGCUCGUCACCUUCCUGCUGGUUCAUUUUGGGGGAUUCAACCUGAAGGAGAAACUCUUCAUCGCUGUUGCCUGGCUACCCAAGGCCACCGUACAGGCUGCUAUUGGCUCCAAGGCUUUGGACAUGGCGAGGGAGGAGGGGGACGAGACCUUAAUUAAGUUUGGUUUGGAUGUGCUAACAUUAGCCGUGCUAGCCAUCCUGACCACAGCUCCCAUCGGAGCGCUGGGUAUCGGACUGGCAGGACCACGCCUACUGGCCCGGCAGGUCAAAGCAGAUGACGCAGAAGGCGGAGCCACGACACCAAGCAGCAAUGGGAUUGGUCAAGAAAAAGAUAACGUGACCCUUGAGAGCAAGCUAUGAGGCUUCUGAUUGGACAAACAAGAGAAAGCUAUGUUAUGCACCUUAAGUUAAAACCUUCUGUAGAUGCAGAUAUGUUUUUAUAAUGUAUUUGCUGUAUGUUACUUUUAUGCUUUGACGUGCUAAUGCUAGUUUUUCUAGCUACAGUCACUGCGUUACAUGAAACGACAAUACAGAAGCUAAUUUCCAACAUUUUAAAUCGAUGACAGUUAGUAAUGCUAAGAAUAAGUUGUGGGAAGUCGUCAUUACAAGAUGCUUUGUGAAAACUAUGAGACCAACAACUACUUCUGUUGUUAGCUUGAUGUUAGUUAGCUGAGCAGGUACUACAGUUAGCUGGCUAACAAGUUGAUAUUAUUUAAACAUAAAAUCAGUGGGUCAUAACUCAGAAGCAGAAGCCAGUAAUCAUUACGCAUAAUGUAAUUAUUUUCUCUCUUAUUGUAAUUAUUUUUUUGUAAUUCCUAUUAAGAUGAAUAUUUCCAACAGUUAUUGUAAUGAACUACUUUUUCUUUCAUGCUUAUAAUGAAAAGCUCAAUAAAAACUUAUAGUUAAAAUAUA